CAGGCACGGACCAGCUAUAGAGCUCCUGAUUGGUCAUCUUUCAUCAAAUAUCUGGAGUCAUCGAGGUUCGCGAACCACCCCCUCCAUCCCAUACCCAUACAUAUCGAUCUUUCAUGGAGGCGACGGCCUCAACUCUACUGUAACCCGAACAAAAUCACCAUCGACACAAUACACGUCUAUUUGCGACACCCAAUACACUCUAUCCGAAAAAAUUUCGAUAUUAUUCAUCGCCAGAAUCCGAAUCACAACUCAAUCUCUCCGAAUCUUCUCCGAUUCUCGUCGCCUUUAAAAACGCCGUGUCUACCCAGAGCCACAGCGAGGCGACCAGACUCGGCACCGGCACAACUUCCCACAACAACGCCUAACACAUGAGUAACCUGCUUUGGAGGGCUUACCUAGAAGACGAUGUCGACAGGUGUCGGAAUCUGCUAGGCAAUGGAGCUCAACUGACAAGCAAGGGCCAGGGCGCCCCGUUCGGCCAUGGCGGUAGCCUGGGCACAAUCGCCAGCAGCCCUGGCGCAGCCUACGCUGCCUCCCCUCGGAAUGCCAAGUCAAAGAAAUCACUGGGCCACAUUGGCAGUACAGGCGCCAAAAACCCGACAAGUGGUCUCACGAAGGCCGACAUCAACAGUCGCGACAGCCAGGGUCUGACCAUCCUCCACAGAGCAGUUUCGUCCCACACUGCGGAGUCUCUGGAUAUCGCACUCGCCUUCAUUGAGCAUCCACUGAUCGAUUUAUACGUACAAGACAAAGAGAAUGGCUGGACUGCGCUGCAUCGCGCUCUGUACUUUGGCAAUGUUUCCAUCGCUAGAGCUAUUCUCAACAAGGAUUCGACAGAUACAUACUUUCAGGGUCCAGGGAGUACAACCACCAAGGGCACACCUCUUGUCCGAAUCAAAGACUACGAAGGCAACAGCGCAUUUGACGUGUAUAACUCCACCACUGCUCGGCGCACUUUACACCCUAUCGAGGUUUCUGUCAAAGUUGACGACUCGGAUGACUCGGACUCAGAUUAUGCUAAAGUGCCGAAUACCGAGGCUCCAGGAUACGACUCCAUCGAUGGCGACGAAUUUUAUGCAUUCGGUAGCAAUAAGAACUUGACCCUUGGAUUUGGCGACGAAGACGACCGGCAACACCCGGAAAAAACAACUCUGAAGCGGCCAGACCACUUAAUUUGGCGAUUCUAUCGAGAGGUUCUUGAAUGUCAGAACGAGGAAGACCAUCCCAAGAAAGGCCCGGGGCCCAAGCGAAUCGAGGAUCUCCCCACCCUGAUUAGAAACAGGCCGAUAAUAAUCCAAGAUGCCAUUUUGUCAAAACUCCACAGCGCCAUCCUUACGACUGAUCCGUAUUCGAACCUCUACAUGUGCGGUUUUGGGCCGGGUGGUCGAUUAGGUCUCGGUCAUGAUAUUACUAGCUUUAACUACGUUUGCGUAGAAGGAGGCGCAUUGGAAGAGAAAAAGGUUUCCGCAGUGGCCCUGGGGCAGAAUCACAGCUUAGCAGUUACCUCGGACGGAGGGGUUGUAAGCUGGGGAACUAAUACCUGCGGAACUCUUGGGUAUACACUGCCACGACCGCCAAAUGAUGAGGAGCCUAUCAACAAUAUUCCACGGCAGAUAUUCGGGCCUUUGAAGAAGGAGUUUGUCAUUGGCGUUGCCGCAUCUUCUAUCCAUUCUGUGGCCCAUACCGCCACCUCCCUCUAUACAUGGGGCAAAAAUGAGGGACAGCUUGGCUUAAUGGACUCCGACUCGCGGUCUCUGGAAAUUCAACCAAUUCCCCGAAAGGUCGCUGCGUCACUUUUCACUUCUCCCAUACAAAUGGUAUCAGCAAUUAAUCGGGCUACAAUAUGCUUGCUAGCUAAUCACACUGUGUGCGUUUUUACCAACUACGGAUAUAGUAUUGUCAAAUUCCCCCUCUACGGAGGAUUCAGCAACUAUCAUCUCAAAUCUCGCACUCUUACUACGCGAUAUGAGGCGGAGCCUAGCCAUAUUUCGUUGGUAACUGCUGGUGGUGACACCAUAGCUGCUGUCUCCAGCCGAGGAGAUCUGUUUACAUUGACUGUCAGCCACAACAUCGAUUCUAGCACUUCUUCGGCAUCAUCGACGACGAAUCCAGCCAAAAUCCGAAGUUCGCUGUCACAGCCUCAAAAGAUCUGGUCGUUACGUAAAGGCAACUGGGAUGGUAUCAAGUCAGUUGGCGUUGGAGAGGAUGGCUCCGUUAUACUCUGCACGCAAGCUGGUGCUGUUUGGCGCCGCGUCAAGAGGACGAAAGUGAAGGAGGCAUUUUCGGCGUAUACCAAGAAUAAGGACUACAAAUUUCAGCGCGUACCUGGCCUUACGAAUGUUGCUGGGGUGCGUAGUAAUAUCUUUGGGGGAUAUGCAGCUAUUCGGAAGGAUUGCCACGUCAUGACGCAGAUAUCAAUUGAUGAGAAGACCCUGUGGGACGAUAUUGCUCCGCUAUUCUGUUUUUCCGGCGAAGAGCUAUCUUUCUCGACCACCCUACCAGCGGGCAAGAGAGUUAGGUAUCCAUGGCCUCCUACAGUGUCAAUAGAUCACCUCGACCCUCUCAGACAAGCUGUUCUCCUCAGUGCAGAUUUUGAAGCAGACGUCGCGCGGCACAUCGCCAAGGGUGGUGUCGGCCACGAAAGUUACGAUGCUGAGAUUUCGAGCUCGGCUGCCAAGACCAAAAUUCCCAUUCACAGCUUUAUAUUCGCGGCACGCAGCCCUUUGAUUAGAGAUGCCUUCAGAAGGGCUAAGGAGACCGGCGAAUUUAUUAUUCCCGAUGUGUUAACAAUUCGUGCCACGGAUGGCUCGUUAAACAUCGAGUUUGAGGACCUCGACUUCAUCACCAUAUUCAACCUAGCAUUAUACUUGUAUACUGACAAGGUUCUCGACGUCUGGCAUUUUUCGCGCAAUGUACCUGCCCGUGGGAACCGAUACCGUCAAAUACGAAACGAUCUUAUGCAUGUGGCUACAAAACUCGAGAUGAAUGGGCUGGAAGUCGGGGUGCGGAGAAUGGCCGCGCCGCUACGUCGGAUGAACAUAGACUUCGCUUUUGCCCUGAAUGACCCGGCUUUCUUCACCGAUGGCGAUGCGGUGAUUGAGCUUGAUGGCGACGAAGUAACUGUCCACAGUACCUUUUGGCGUCAACGAUGCCCUUUCUUCGAGGGCCUGUUUGGUGGCCGUGCUGGGGGACAGUGGCUUGCAGGUCGCAAGGAAGAUUCUGAGCCUGUCCGAGUUGAUCUGACCCAUAUUGAGUCAUCGACCUUCGACAUUGUGUUAAGACAUGUUUACACGGAUGCAGGAACCGAAUUAUUCGACGAUAUUGUUGUUCAAGAUGUGGAUGAGUUUUGCGACCUUGUGAUGGAUGUCAUGGGUGUGGCGAACGAGCUGAUGCUCGAUCGACUCUCCCAAGCCUGCCAACAAACCCUCGGCCGCUUCGUGAACACCCGAAACAUCUGCAAUUUGUUGAAUGAUGUGGCUCCUUGCGCUGUCUGCGAAUUCAAAGAAGCUGGCCUUGAAUAUGUCUGCCUGCAGCUAGAGACUAUGCUUGACAACCAGUUACUCAAUGAUCUUGACGAUGAUCUACUUGCUGAAUUGGACGAGGUCGUUCGAGAAAACCAGUUGGCAUGUUUGCCAUUUGCUAAAAGCGGCCGAGCAGAAUUGCUCCUGCAUGAGCGCCACCCCAGCCUGGUGGGCGAGCUUGACGAGGACAGACAGCGAAAGCUACGAGAUAUGGCUUUUAGAACCUCCCUCAGAGAUGAAGAGGGAAGGUUGUCAAGUUCGUUCAAGACCCGACUUAGUGGCUUUGGAUUUGACGGCGCUUCCUCACCGCCACCUUCAAGUAUGACCCCAAAGCCACAGAACACACCUCAUCAUACAGCAGCUACCAGCCCAUGUAUUCGACCUAAGGAUUCGAUCGCCGAUCUAAUGUUUGAUAUGGAAGAUGAUGAAUCUUCGCCACUUGGUCCUUCAUCUCCUUCCCUACAACCCCUUGGACCAACAUCCACUCCACUGGGCGGCUUGAACAAAGCGCUCCCACCUCCUGCCUUCAAGAACAAAGGUAAGAAGUCGAUAUUUGCGCGCGACUCUUCGACCCUAAAUUCGCCUGACGAACCAGCAACUCCUCCCACAGGAUCUCCAGGCGCCAAUCCUAAGACAUGGGUUUCUCCGGGAUUGCCGUCGACAAAACUGAACAUGCGGGAGAUCAUGUCUCAAGCGUCCUCAAAUCAGACGUCCUCAUUGUCCUUGGGCAUAUCCGCCCAAAGGGAGAAAGACGAGGCAGCAUCAAGAGCUGCAGCCCCCAAGCUCUCCCAGAAGGAGCGCAAGAAGCAACAGCAACAAGCAGCGUUGGAGCAAGAACAAUUGAGUAAGAAGCCCAGCCGCAAUGAAAACCCUUCCGGGCCCUGGCAGGUAGCGGCUGCAGGACCUCGAAUCAACCUGAGCGACAUUAUCGGUGGAGACUCGGGUACUUCUCCAUCUGGGGCAUCUAGUCUCAAGGUUCCAACACCAAGCCCGCGCCCACGUGCAGCUUCUCCGGAUACACGGUUUUCGGGCCAACGUGGCAAGUCGGACAUGUCACCACAGAGCUACAAAUCGCAAAGUCGCGGACCUGCAACACCGCAACCGAUGAAGUCGUCGCCGCUAGCCACGAACCGAGAGCUAUUUCCUGCGCUUGGUAGUCCGCGCGCAGAGCCAACGCUGCAGUUGUCUAUGGCUGAUAUUAUCGGGCAGCAGAAGCGAGAACAGGACCUGGUCAAAGAGGCGGUCGCGAAGAGGAGUCUGCAGGAGAUUCAAGAGGAGCAGGCGUUUCAGGAGUGGUGGGAUAAGGAAAGCCGCAGGGCGCAGGAGGAAGAGACGGCGAGGAGCGAACCUACGCAAUCUAUACCGAAGAAGGGCAGCAGUUUUAGAGGGAGAGGGAAGAGGGGAAGUGGUGGUGGUGGAGGAGGUAGAGGGGCGAGUAAUAUGGUUCAAGGCGAGAGCCGGAAAGGAAAAGAUUCGGGCGAGGCUUCCCAGGGAAGGGCGGGUAAUAAGGACAAAAGGCAGGCGUAAGGCGUUAUGGUAUAAAAAGGCAUGCCAACGGACGUUUACGGGGCUGAUUUGGGAGUAUCCCCGAGUACCCCUGACGGGACGGGAAGGAAAGGCUAGAUCCCGCCGCUAUGUAGAGAUAAAGUUUUGCAGGGUAAUAUAUUGUAAUACAUACCAGCUGCAACUAUCUAUAUGUUGCACGAGAUUCCCUUUAUCCACGUUCCUUUGCCCUGCCCUGCCCUGCCCUGCCUUGUGUUGCCUGGAGUCCAGAAUGUGGCCUAGCAUGUGUCUGCCGAAGUCUAGCUCUUCUUGGCCUAGACUUAUUUACGAUAAGGCAAUGUCUAAUCUCUACGGUGUGCUGUAGACGCACAGACAGACGCUUGUGUCCCC